UCAGUCUGAGAGGGGCAGCACUGAAGCAAGAAGCCGGUCACAGCUCCCGCAGCCCCCCGCUUUAGCCUCAGAAAUGAACAACAACUUAGUCGGAGAUGAAGUCGGGAAACUUUUUGUGGGUGGGUUGGACUGGAGUACCACACAAGAGACGCUGAGAAACUACUUCUCACAAUAUGGGGAAGUGGUGGAUUGUGUCAUCAUGAAGGACAAAACUACAAAUCAGUCGCGAGGCUUUGGCUUUGUCAAAUUCAAAGACCCCAAUUGUGUACGGACAGUGCUGGAGACAAAGCCGCAUAAUCUCGAUGGAAGAAAUAUUGACCCGAAGCCAUGCACUCCCAGAGGAAUGCAACCUGAAAAGUCUCGGACCAAGGAGGGCUGGAAGGGCAGCAAAGCCGAUAGCAAUAAAUCAAAGAAGAUAUUUGUAGGUGGAAUCCCCCAUAACUGCGGCGAGCCUGAACUCAGGGACUAUUUCAAUAGAUUCGGAGUGGUCACAGAGGUGGUAAUGAUCUAUGAUGCAGAGAAGCAGAGGCCCCGAGGUUUUGGAUUUAUUACUUUCGAGGCCGAACAAUCAGUGGACCAGGCUGUCAACAUGCAUUUUCACGACAUCAUGGGCAAAAAAGUGGAAGUAAAGAAGGCCGAACCUCGUGACAGCAAAGCUCCUGGCCAGCUUGGCCCUGGCCAGUGGGCACCCAGGGGCAUCUUGAGUGCAGCUAAUGGUUGGACAGCACAGCCUGCCCACGGCUGGCAACAGCCUUACGGGCCACAGGGGGUGUGGGUGUCAACUACCGGCCAACCCAUAGGUGGGUAUGGACCUCCAUUAUCAGCAGGCCGGGGAACCCCCACACAGCCUCCGUCACCUUUCAGCGCAUUCCUGGUCACAACCCCAGCGGGCAGCUUCGCUGCACCUCAGGGCUACCCUCAACAGGGCUACAGCACAGCACCUCAGUUUGGUUACAGUUUUGGCACACCCCAAGCAGACCAGUAUGCUCAACAGGUUCCUCCUCCGCCCACCACUCCAGGAACUGCACCGCUGGGCUUUGCUCCCGCCACCACACCAACUCAGGACUUGAGCAAAGCUCCCACUGGGCAGCCCGACUUCUCUUAUAGCCAGUAUGGCUAUCUCCUGCCAGCAGUAUCUGGGUUCAGUCAACCUGGUCUCCUCAUCUCCCUGAUAGGCUUGGGUAACUACCCUCAGGACCCCUCUGCCUACGGACCAACGCGUCCUUCUCACAGUUAUGGUCAGGAUGAGCAGGGAGGAUAUAGUGCAGGAUACGGUCAGGACCUGACAGCAUUCGGCCACACGUUCGCAGACCCCAACCAGCAGACGGCCUCAUACGGGGCACCGACAGCACAGCCCGCCACCGCUCCACAGUCCGCCGCCAACGCAUUCGGCAGAGGGCAGAACCACAACGUACAGGGCUUCCACCCGUAUCGACGCUGACCGCGACUUCUGGUGCAGGGCCGCCGUGUAAAGUUGAAAACAAAAACAAAAACAAAAAAAAGUCAGGGAAAAAAUGUGUGUUCUCGCUAAAAAGCAAAACUGGAGUUCGGGAUUUGUUCGAUGGGAAUGUUGAAUGCACACAGUUUGUGAAACAGAAACCUUUGUGAAAGCAGGUAUUCCAGUAAAGUUAAAAAGGGGUGUAAAAAAAAUCCCCAGGGGUUGUUUUUUUUUUGUUUUUUUAAAAUUGCAUAACUAAAGGAACAUUCAGCAGAAAGAAGCUUUUAUCCUCCACCCCCCACCCCAUGUUUUAUAGUAGAACUAAACUACUUUGCAAUAAUUUUGAUUGUCUGGUCAAACACUAGCACAGAGACUAUAUGGAAAGAGACUUGCAUAUAAAUAUGUAUAUUUAUGGUGGACACAAAUGAAAACAGGGUUUCAAGUUUCCUCAGCUUUAAAUUCUAGGGAAAAAUGUUUUUAUUUUUCAUUUGGUGAAUUUUGUUUACUUUCUGAGCCUUUAAAGUUUGUUUAAAAUGGAGAUUAUGAAUAUAUAUAUUAUACACAAACUGUGCAAUUUUUUAAAAAGAGAAUUUUGUACUAUAAAUGUACACUUUGCUUGUUUUUUUAUUUAAAGAUGUAGACUUCCCUCAGGUGGCUGUUUUGGGUGCAUUUUGCACUUAUGCAAAAAGAAA